AUGACAACUUCAAGACAAUCAGAUCCCACCUCAUUGCACAACCCUUACUUCAACCUCAAGCCGGGACAAAAAGAUAUUUGGUCCUUGAUCAAUGAGACCGCGGCUGAAGCACAAGAAGCGAAUCCCGACCGCAAGAUAGUCAAUUUGGGACAAGGGUUUUUUUCAUACAGUCCUCCGGAUUUUGCAAUUCAAGCUGUAGAUGAUGCAUUGUCCAAACCUCAAUUUAAUCAGUAUGCGCCAGCAAAAGGUAACCCAAAUUUGUUGAAACAGGUUGCUGCACACUACUCAAAGAGCUAUGGUCGUGAGGUUCCGGUUGAAGAGGUUCAAAUCACCACUGGAGCAAACGAAGGUAUGUUUGCCGUAUUUUUUGGUUUUUUAACACCAGGAGAUGAGGCAAUUGUGUUUGAGCCUUUUUUUGAUCAGUAUAUUCCAAACAUUGAAAUGACCGGAGCUAAAGUCAGAUACGUCGAGAUAAAAUAUCCAAAGAAGUUGGAUUCGGAAAAUGUACAAGCCUCGGAUUGGGAAAUAGAUUGGGAACAGUUGGAAAAGAGCAUCAACAAUAAAACCAAAUUGAUUGUUAUCAAUACACCUCAUAAUCCAAUUGGUAAAGUGUUCACCAAUGAGGAGCUACACAGAAUUGGUGAGUUGGUGAUCAAACACAAUUUGAUCUUGGUCAGUGACGAGGUUUAUGAGAAUUUGUACUUUACCCCAGAAUUCCCCAGACCUGCAAACUUGAAAUCUUUACCUGAAUUGAAAGAACGGACCUUGACAGUUGGUUCAGCUGGUAAAUCGUUUGCAGCUACGGGAUGGAGAAUUGGGUACAUCCAAGGACCUGCGCCUUUGAUAAAGUACGUUGCAGCUGCACACACGAGAAUAUGUUUUUCGACACCUCAUCCAUUGCAACAAGCUGUGGCCCAAGCAUUUGAGCAAGCAGAUAAACUCGACUACUUCAAUAAGGUCAAGGGAGAUUACGAAAAGAAGUAUAAGUUGUUCACCAAGGUGUUUGAUGAUUUGGGAUUGCCAUACACUGUUUCCGAAGGUGGAUAUUUCCUCUUGGUGAAUUUAUCCAAGUUGAAAAUACCUGGUGAUUAUGAGUUCCCCGAAGCUAUUUCAAGUAGAAAAACAUUGGAUUUCAAGUUGGCUUAUUGGUUGAUAAAGGAGAUUGGCGUUGUAGGAAUUCCUCCAACGGAGUUCUUGAUUGAAGAGAGAAGACAAGGUAAUGGAUUAGAAAAUUGUGUCCGAUUUGCCGUUUGUAAAGAUGACUCAGUGUUGGAGGAAGCAGUUGAGAAAUUAAAGAAGUUGAAGGACUAUUUAUAG